AUGCUUCAAAAGGUCUCCGCUUUCGCUAAGGUUCCUCCGGAAGUUUUGGAGAAUAUCUUGACCUUCGCACUCGUAGCAGAGGGAGAUGUCCGUCCAUAUGCUAGCGUCACGCGCGAGGACCAGUUCAAGCAGAUGCAUGGCACGAAAUCCGACAACUUAAGCCCAAAUAGCUUCCUACCGAUCUUACUCGUUAACAAGCGGUUCUAUCGUGAGGGUAUUGCUAUUGCUUACAGAGACAAUUCCUUUAAUUUCACUUCCCUCGCAACUUAUGCGGCGUUCGCCAUCAGCCUUAGGAUCUCUAAGCGGUCUAGGGCUUCGGCCAGAAAGAUCACAAAGGUGUCAAUCACACUUGACGUUGCUGGCGAUGCCGGAAGAAUCUCGGAUUUGUGGAGCUUCAUCUACCCUCGCGACUUGGAACUCUGCUCUCUUACCGCUAGCCUCUGCGACAUUACGCUCCAAAGACUCUUCAAGACUCUUCCAAACCUCUCGCACUUGCAGGUCUGCACCAGCUUGUUCCAGUGUACCUAUAUGGCCCCAAACGCUGUUAAGCGGACUACGCGUCUUCAGCCUAUGAUGCCAACAUGCCGACAUCUGCCUAUGGAGACCCGCCUUCAGCAUAUCAACUUUGCUUUCGACAAUCCCUACUUCAAUGGAAGGAAGAAGGCAAAGAGAACUCAUCAGGUAUUGCUGUAUAGCCAACUUCGACAUGACUUCAUGGUGCCCGGCAUUUACCGCACUUUUACAACCUACAUGCGCUUCCUUCUCAAGGAGAUUCGGAAGAGAAAGGAGUUGGAAGCAGCGGCUCAACUGGCUGCAUCAUCUGAUCCAUCCGCACUUUCAUCUCAGGAGACGUCGGAUGAAUCAGAACAGCCAGAUUCGUCUGCAGUUCCCGCCCCCGCCCCAGCCCCGGCUGCCGAAACCUAA